GUUGCACCAAAACUCUGCAUCCUGCCGCGAUCGACGAAAGAGGAAAUUGGUCUUCAUUUAUACAAUUCAAGUUUAUUAUAAAGGUCUCUCUUUAUUGUAUAUUAUCCCAAUGCGCUGAUUUUCUAUGUAUUACUGCUAUUGUUUUUGGUGAAAUCACAUAAGUACGGAUCCCUCAACGGGCACAUCCCUACCAACACCGAUCGACUUUAGCGUACCUAGUGCGUUCGUGCCCUCCACUGUAGGUUAGGUCAGGUUAGGCUAGGUGUAGUGCUUUGUGCCCGUGGCUCGCGAUAUCUGCGCCCCUCAAAAUACUCACCAACAUCCAUCACCCCGCCUCGAGGUAGCUUUACAGCUAUCCUGUCGAUACCGCGCCCUACAGCACAGCAUAUCAACGCCCUCAUAAUACCUCGCAUUUUUCUCGCCUCUCCGUUGCGAUUCAUUCUAUACCACGCCACUGCCGAGCGCAAUCCCUUGGCCCAGCCUCGUCAACUGGCAUCUGUUGCCCCUCGACAACAAAAGAGACGACCACGAUAGCGACACCAUGUCGACCUCUUCGGGCGUCCCCGAGUCCUGGAUAUCCAGUUUCUGCUCUCUGCUCGGCCAUGAAUACUUUGCCGAAGUCUCGGAGGAGUUUAUCGAGGAUGACUUCAACCUGACUGGUCUGCAGUCCCAGGUUGCCAUGUACAAGGAAGCAUUGGAGAUGAUCCUGGAUGUGGAACCAGAGGACGACGAGGAAGAGGAGGAAGAAGAGGAGGAAGAGGACGAGAACGAGUCAGACCCAGAACGCUUGACCAGAGCAGCCAGCGAGCGGAGGCAUCACCGCAUGGCCAGCGACUUGUCCGUCAUCGAAUCCUCUGCCGAGAUGCUGUACGGCCUCAUCCACCAACGCUUUAUCUGCUCCAGGGCCGGCAUCCAGCAGAUGAGUGAAAAGUACGAACUGGGCCAUUUUGGUUGCUGUCCCAGGACAAACUGUGACCAAGCUCGCACUCUACCCGUUGGCCUCUCCGAUAUCCCUGGCGAGGACACGGUCAAGCUCUUCUGCCCAUCAUGUUUAGACGUUUACGUCCCGCCCAACAGCCGUUUCCAAACCGUUGACGGCGCCUUCUUUGGUCGUACUUUCGGCUCUCUCUUUCUCCUUACUUUCCCAGAAUAUGACCUUACUAAGCGUGGUAUCGAAGUGCUGUCAUCCACGAGCUCCCGUGUUAACGAAGGCGAUGGCCUCAUCAACGGCAUGUACGCAAAGAAUAUUGGUCCUGGUCUGGGCCGUGAGCGUAUAUACGAGCCUCGCAUUUAUGGUUUCCGCGUUUCUGAGAGAGCCCGUUCUGGCCCCAGGAUGCAGUGGCUCCGUGAACGCCCCACAGAUAUUAACGAGCUCGACGAAGCCCGUCUCUAUGCAGAACAGAACCCUGACUCGGAGGAUGACGACGAGAACAGCGGCCAAGCUGGUGUUAAUGGCAGAGUUAUGGUUCGUCGACGCCCUCCUGGAAACGCUCGCCUUCGCCAGAGACAGAACAACAAUGGUAGCCCCAUGGCUCUGUCCACUAAUGGAGCUGAAUCCGAGUUGUAGAGUGAUGGGCGCAUACGGCUGGUCUCAUAUAUAUCCCUUCGCGACUCCAGACCCGGCAGAUGUUAGGACUGUUAAUGAAAUAUUCCUAUCUUUUUCAAGGGAAGAUUUCGACAUCAGGCUACCUGGAUAUUUGGCAAUAAUGCCUAAUGACUGCAUCAUGGAAACAAGGCGUAGACGCACUGGAGACGCAUUAGGAAGGGCUAAGCAUGAUGGUGUCACAGGGUGGGAGGAAGGGUACCAUUGGGUUUUUGCUUCGCAGGAUUAAUGCAUAGACGGCGUUGAACGUUUGAUAGGUAGGCUAUGGAAAAUACACAUCAAAUGCACAUUUAUGACAACUCAAGGAAUCUACCAAUACAUGACUAGAAGAACUUGAUGAUUAUGUGUGCUUAAGCUUAGCAUAUUAUCACUUGUUUAUAUCUCAGGGCUAUGCGGUUAUCACUCGUCUGUUCAAAUUACCCAAGUUAUGAUGUGUUUUCCCUUCAUUGGCAUUAGGCAUGAGUUCUAUGGAUAGACAUAUACAUGCUACUACUCCUGAUGCCUUCCCCCCUGUUCCUCAUCCAACCACUACCAAGUCGCCAGUCCUGCGGCGUGGUGUUGUACUCCCUCCUCAUGCGGCCGUGACCCUCGCAAGACAGCCAUGCUAGAAAUCCCCUCCUCGCCAUGAGUUCGCUCAAUGCUCUUGUUUUUAUAGAGAAGAAGCAGAGAUCGGUCAAGAAACAAUAAAACAAAAACCUUUCCUGUCACCAAACACCCCGUCCUUGAACCCAUGCUAUCGUAUACAUCAUGGUCCUCGUCUCUCGUCCGUUCUAUGCUAACAAAAGAGAACAAUAAAGUUAAAAAUAAAAACAAAAGGAUAGACUGCCAGCGAUUAUGAGUAUCUUCCUCGCACAAGACUUUUCUGCUUGCACAGAAAGGACAGCCUGCGACAUCAAACUGCAUUGCGAUGGUGAAGCGUACUUCAACGCCUGAUAGCUCCUAACGCCCUGUUGCCCAUUUCCAUUCCCAUCAUAUCUAUCGUGUACAGUGUGUGUAUCCCGUGGGCUAAAACCGUUAAAGCAAAAAAGAAAAGUGAGAAUGAAACUAAAGAAGAAGAAAACAAUAAAACGAAACUGACAGCCACGGUCAACUGGCAUCUGAGGGUGUGUGUAUUGAAGAUGUUGAAGACCCGAGAGAAACUGCUCGUCUGUUCGAAGAGACCCCGGUGUAUAUGAACCCAGAAAGAUGAGGAAAGCUCUACAUCAACCUGGAGCUGUUUUUGGCCAACGACCUGUUUGCUGGUGCAGUAGUACUGGCGUAUCAAGUACUGGGUGUAGGUUCAACAGCAUCGCCCUCAGCCUGAGCCUCUGCAGCUACUGUGUUGCCUAUGUCUUUAUCUUUGGCAUCGUGUUCGGCCUUCGGUGUCGUCUCGUCGCUAGUUACUGAACCACCAAGACUGGCUCUUGGAACAAACCAACCCCCACGUUCCCAUUGACCUGGUUCGUAUAGGCAAGACUUGC